AUGGGGAAAAGCAAGCGUAAAGAGCGUAAAGAGAAGGUAAUUCUUCCACCGGAGCUUCCACCGGAUGUCCCCGAAGAGGAUGUCGUAUAUUCCGACGAGGAUGAGAAGUUCGUCAAAGAGAACGCUGCUGCAUUGGCCAAAUUUGCCUCUCGAAUCGACACCGACGCUAUUGACAAGCAAUGUGGUGGUAGAGUGAAGAAAGCGGAGGAAAAGACAGUGGAGGAUAAGUAUGAAGAAGUGCGAUCAAAGAAGAAGACGCAUCAGGAAGAGAAAGGGAAUAGCAACGAGAUUCUUGUGGAUCCUGCUGAUGUGCUUCCUAUCAAGAGUUUAGAUGGAAAACUCCACUAUCGAACAGUAACAAAGAAAUCAAAGCUAGCUGAAGUGGACACAGAUGAAGCGGAUAUGGACAUUCCUGAGGAUGAACAUAUAUUGAACAAAUCUCAAAGGAGAGAAAAAGCUAAAAAGAGUAAAAGGGAUGCAAAGAAACAUGACAAAGAAUUGCCUAAAGAGAUUGUUCAAGAGGAGGAAACACCCCAAGCAGCAGUUCUGGCAGAAGUGAAAGCAGAACUAUCUGCUGAAGAGACGUUUGAGAAUAAGAAGAACAAACUUGCGGAGUUGGGAAUGCUAUUGCUUUCUGGUCCAGAGGCAAACAUAAAAUCCUUAAAGGAAAUGUUAGAUAUCUCCAAAGAUGAGAAUCCGAAGAUGGUGAAACUUGGCUGGUUAUCUCUGUUGGCCGUAUUUAAAGAUAUUAUUCCUGGCUACCGGAUUCGACUUCCUACAGAAAAGGAGCUCGAGAUGAAGAUCUCAAAGGAAGUAAAGAAAACUCGGUUCUACGAGUCCACUUUAUUAAGAGCCUACAAGGCAUUUCUGCAGAGGUUGGUUGCAUUUGAAAAGCAGCCAGAAUACAACCAAGUUGUCACUCGGUGCAUGUGUACAUUGCUGGAAGCAGUUCCUCACUUCAACUACCGUGAAAAUCUGUUAGCUUUUGUUGUCAGAAAUAUUAGCUCCCCAGAUGAAGUCGCGAGGAGACUCUGUUGCUCUACUAUUAGGUCUCUUUUCACCAAUGAAGCGAAACAUGGUGGUGAGCUAACAAUGCAAGCUGUACGCUUGAUUGCUGAUCUUGUCAAAUCUCAGAAUUGCCAACUUCAUCCUAAUUCUAUAGAGGUGUUCAUGUCCAUACGCUUCGAUGAGGAUAUUGGGAAGCGUGACAGGGAGGUUGAUAACAAGAAGAAAUCUAAGAAAAACAAUAAAAGAAGUAACCAGGAGGAGCAAAAUCAAGUGCAGGAAAAUGAGAGGAAGAAAUCCAAGCGAGAACUGACGUCUAAGAUCAGAGACGAGGUUCAUGCUGAUUACAAGACCUAUGUACCGGAUGCUACGGAGCGGAGAAAGAUGCAGACAGUGACUCUUUCUGCUGUUUUUGAGACCUAUUUCCGUGUCCUGAAAAAUACAAUGUAUUCAGUUUCGCUCCAUAGCGAAAGCACAGAAGAAAACACAAUUUCGUCUCCGGGUGCAUUUGGACCACACCCUUUGCUUGCAGCAUGUUUGGAUGGGUUGGCUAAAUUCACCCAACAACUGGACUUGGACUACAUCGGAGAUCUCAUGAACUAUCUAAAGAAGCUUGCCUCUAGCAGCAGCGUCUCCAACAACACAAAGAAGAAACACUCGAGACAGUUAACAGUCUCUGAACGCCUGAGGUGUUGCCUUGUCGCCUUCAAAGUCAUGAGGAGCAACUUAAAUGCCUUGAACGUUGACUUGCAAGACUUCUUUGUCCAGCUUUACAACCUCCUCCUCGAGUACCGUCCUGGAAGAGAUUCAGGUGAAGUGUUGGCUGAGUCUCUGAAGAUAAUGCUGUGCGAUGACAGACAUCAAGACAUGCAGAAAACUGCCGCUUUUGUAAAACGUUUAGCCACAUUCGCGCUAUGCUCUGGAUGUGCCGAGUCUAUGUCUGCGCUUGUCACCUUGAAAAUUCUCCUCCAAAGGAACGUCAAAUGCAGAAACCUUCUAGAGAACGAUGCUGGAGGCGGCUCUGUUUCCGGCUCAAUCGCAAAAUAUCAGCCAUAUGCGACGGAUCCUAACUUAAGCGGGGCAUUAGCAACAGUGCUCUGGGAACUCAAUCUCUUGACAAAACAUUAUCAUCCGGCGAUCUCAACGAUGGCUACAACGAUCUCCAACAUGAACACUUCUCAAAGCCAAACGUUUCUCUCUGCAGUGACUCCACAACAGGCGUUUGCAGAUUUCUCUCUUGAGAAAGAAUCGUUUGACUCUAAGAACGAGUCACGGAAAUUCAACAACAAACGGAAACGAGAUGGUGGUGAAGAAGAAGCCAAGGAUGUUUCCGAAAUCGACAUGGAAAUGGUCAGCAAGAAAUUGAAAGAGAAUUUUACGAUUAUUCGAGGUAUAAAAGAGGACGAGAGAUUGUAUUUGCUCGAAGAAAAAGAAAAAGAAAAAGAGGACAAGAGAAAGAUGAUGGAGUUGCAGUCAGUGAACGAAAAACCAGUCAAGAAACUGAGUAACGUGGUGAAGAAGAAACUUAAGAGCCCUAAAUCCAAGAAAGUUUGA